CUCUCUCUCCGCCCUCAUCCUCGUGGUCCUCCGUGGCGAGCACGCGCGCGCGUCAACGCGUUAACGGGAGUGCGCGCUGUCACCGUCGAGAAACGUCAUUUCGCGGAUCUUGUGGCGGUCGACCACGAUCGGCGUAUUCGAUCGUUCGCGAACGCGCGCGCGCGCGCGCGUUUUAUCCUUCCCGAAUCCUGCUGGAAUCGCCUUCCUCUCGUCUCGUAUCUCGUGAAAAUUUAAUUACGUUGGAAAAACCGUACGUUCGAGAUUUGUCGCGAGUGCCGGCUAAGCUGACGAAAGUGUUUUGUCGACAGGUGAAAGGGUUUCCUUUGGAAAGAAAAACAAAGAAAAUUAUCGAGGAAAAUUAUUAAAGGAAAAGGAAAUUAUAAAGGCCCCAUCGAUCGACGCGAUGACGAUUUCUUGCAGGAGGAACAUUUUCCUCACGGAAGUAUCUGAUUAUAAUCGAUCUUCCACUUGAACGUCGCACUGUGCCCGAACGGAUCAAACUACAUAGUUUCGAACUUAUUCAAUGUCUCCGUUUGGGAAACGCGUUCUCGUCGCGAGAACUCGUCUAGAGUAUCGUCAGUGACUCGUGUUUUAAUUUCGAAAUCGGAGUCGAAUGCUUCUCCCUGCUCGCUUUAGUGCUCCUCGACAGCGGCGCGUUGGCGGCGUCGGCGACGACGGCAACGACGACGACGUCGCCGAUCGGAGUACUCUCUUUCUAUCGAGAAAAAAAUAACUUGGACUAAUAGUGAGAACGCGUCUAUUUUUUUACAGGACGCGAUGCUCGCAACGACAUUCGACGAGCACUCGGCAGCCUGGUGCGGGAUAGUGUUUUGCGCACGGAAUUCCUUGGAUUCGACGCGCGGGACGUCAACGCGGUUCCGAUGUACGUGAUUUGUCGUGAUCGCCGAGUAUCAUCGGAUAUCGCGAAUCGAAGUGACAUUAAGUGAAAGCCAGCCGUGCGCGAGAUAAUGAUGUUCCGUUUUUUAUCACGGUCCAUCCGGAGAAAGGGCGGAUCCAGAAUUUAAAAAGGAAGAAUCCGUCGACAUUACCUCGAAAGCCAGUGGGAAUUCUUAACGAAUCAUAGAUUGGAUGAUACUUGGAAAAUUAAACCCUCGGAGAACAACCGGAGAUUCUUCUCUGCUCCUCCGCGGAAGAUGGUUAUAGUACCGCCGCGCUGUCGUCCUCUACCUCGAUCGACCUGAAGAGAAGGACGAAAGAUCUAAAUAAAUAAUCGAAGAAGGAGGGAUCCGAGGAUCCGCGAAUCGAUCCUCUCAGCCGUCGGCCGGUGAAUAUCACGGCGCGAGCGGCAACGGUCGUGGGUUGGAUGGUGCCGCGAGGAUUAAUCCUCGGCAGGACGACGACACGGGAGCCGGAGCCGGAGCCGGAGCCGGAGCCGGAGCCGGAACAGCUACGCUUUUACGACUCUCCGCCGCCACGGAUGGACGCGAGCGUGUGCUGUCUGCCCGCCGGUGCCGCGGCCACCACGGGGGUUACGCAGCACCCUCAUCCGGCGUCUCUACCCGGUUUACCGUCCGCCGUCGGCAUCCAGCCGCCGACGAUCCAGCCGUCCUACGCCGCUCAGUACGCCGCCGAUCAGAUAGUGCCCGAUCGGGCCCAACCCGACGGACCCCUCGCGACGGUACUCGGAUGCAACGCUCAGGACAGCUGGCAGCAGAUCUCGUCGACGGCGUCCACCGGGAUCACCGGAAUCACCGGAGCCGUCACCGCCACUACCACCGCCUACAUCGACUACUCGUGGCUUCAGAUGCAGCAGACGUCGGACCUGGACACUUUGCUGUGCAGGCAGGAUCUCGAUCGUUUGCAAAGGUUGGACGAGGAUGAAUCGGACGCGAGAGAUGCGCGGGAGCCGUCCGUGCACAUGGAGGACUUCUUCGAGGUCAGCGGACCUACGGCGGUGUGCCGACCACCGCAGGCCAGUUUCGUUUCCUCCAGGAGUCAGCCGGCGGGCGCCGGUCAGGACGACGACGUCUUCCUCAGGCCGCCGCUCUGGGAGGAUAUCACGUCGAGUAUCCAAAAGUUGGAUCCGGAAAACGCGGAUAUGUUGGGCUCGCAGUCUCACAUAAAAAUGGAGACUGACGAUGUGACACCGCCGCCAGUUCUCUCCCCGGUGGAGAUCAAGACGGAACCGUUACCGCCACCGCCGACCUUGCAUCUUCUCGAGGGACCGGCCACAAAUCCCUCACAGAAUCCCUUUCCAAAUCCCUCUAGUGUUCAGCACGUCGUACACCAUCGGACGACGACGUCAACAACGGCGACAACGGCGGCGCUUUUCAAGAGCUUUCCCAACAGCAACAAUAAUAAUAAUAAUAAUAACAACAACAGCAGGACUGUUAAUAGUAAUAACACGAGCGCGAGUAAUCCCGGUAGCAAUAACGAUAACGGCAAUGGCGGCAAUAGCAACAACAACAGCAACAACAACGGCGGUAGCAAUAGUGAUUCGUCAACGACCAGUCAUCAUCAGCCGAGCGGCAACGCGACAUCGCCGCUCUACAGCUCGAUGACGAGGCUGAUGUAUAUUUCGCCGCUGACGCCACCGAUCUCCGAUCCCAGCUCACCCAUCGGCGCCGGUCCACCUAGGCGAACACCGCCACCCCCGUAUCCUCAGCCGGGCCCGAUUCUGAAUCCGGCUCACAGGAUCCAACCGCCGUCGAUGUCGACCAAGUUCAACAGGCGGAAUAACCCGGAAUUAGAGAAACGCCGGGUGCACCACUGCGACUUCAUAGGUUGUACGAAAGUCUACACAAAGAGUUCGCACCUGAAGGCCCAUCAGCGGAUACACACGGGCGAGAAACCGUAUCAGUGUCAAUGGCCGGAAUGCGAGUGGCGAUUCGCCAGGAGCGACGAAUUGACGCGGCAUUACCGCAAGCACACCGGGGCUAAGCCCUUUAAAUGCGCGGUUUGCGAGCGCUCCUUCGCCAGGAGCGAUCAUCUCGCGCUGCACAUGAAGCGGCAUCUCCCGAAGCAACACACCAAGUGAAGAGAGUACGUGGACAGAGAGAGAGAGAGAGAGAGAGAGAGAGAGAGAGAGAGAUCCUCUCUUUACUUCCCGUUCAUUCUCGACUACCUGUGUUGGACGCGCGCUGCGUGGUUUUCGCCAUUCAGGCUUCGAGGCGCGGAGCUUUACGAAACUGUUAGUUGGAGAACAUCGAGAGUUUAGAACCGUGUAGAAAUUAUUAAGAAAAAAAAAAACUGUUUAUCGUCACAAAUAUUAUCGUAAUUUCUAAAUGGAGCGAUAUCUAUGACAUUGUAUUGCAAAUAUGUAUAUUCUGCGUUCAGCAGAAAAAGCAGGUUUGCAAUUAUUGUAAGAUUCUUCGACAUUGAUUGAUAUGGAUUUAGAUCUAAUGAGGAACCAAGGGAAAAAUCAAUUAUAUUAGAGAAUUUUACAAUAAUUGUGAAACUGAUUUUUCUUCCGAAUGCAGCCAUUGCAUGUAUUUACAUUUUUACAUUUCUUUCCAUACGUCAUUCCGUUUUUGUCACAAAAAGAGAGUCACGAAUUUAGCGGAUCUUUUCAAAUUGACUUUCGAUCCGCGGAGGCACCUUCGACUCACGUUCGUUUACGCAAUCAUCGAUGCAAUUGAAUUCGCUGCAUCGUCCUCGAUAUAUAUGAUUAUUCCGCUAUAGUUUCGGCUAUAGGCCCGAUCGUCGAUCCCGAUUCGCAAUAUACAUAUCAGGGAAGUAUUUCGAAGCGUCUCGAACGAAGCCAUCUCGGCUCGAUCGCUUCGGUUACGCUCACUACUGUUCGGUUAAGCAGUCAUGAUGAAAUACAUCCUCGGUGUGGGUGGUGAUCGCGAGGAAAUAUUUCAUCAUAGUACUGUAUACUCACUCACGGAUCGAGUGAGGGAUAAUACAAUCCCCGUUCUUCUUAGUUAACUAUAGCGUAACUUCACACCGACGGAUGGGCCCGAGUCUAUGCGAAGAGAAGUGAAGCCAAUGCUCUUGGAAAGUAAAAGCGAAAACACGCGUCUUAAAAAAGGCAGGUUCUUUAUUACCAAUCUUUUACAUUCAUUUCCAAACGUUUACCUUUGAUACUUUAUCGAAAUAUUUGCAUUCGCGGAUAAUAAGAAUUUUUUCAUUCCCAUGCACGUGUUUCUCCCUCACAAUCUUUUCUACAUAUUCUUAUUUACUUAAAAAAUUCAAUCACAUACUUGUCGCACAAACGGCAGCUCCGCUAUCGUCAUUCAUAUAUUUUUUGAAGCUGUACACGAGUCGUCAUCUCAUGACGCCGUCGAGUCCCUCGAGAAAUGAUUUGCCAGAUUAAAGCAACGCUAUCUCGAAAUUAUCGCUAUCUCGAAGCUGGCUGCGACUCGAGAUAUCCUGUUUGAUGUGUAAACGAUCGUGCUUAAGAGUCGAAGAAGCUUAAUCCGCGUCUCGCGCCGCGCGCAUCAUCAUUUCGAUAGUCGUCGCUAACGCGAAAUUCGCCCCGAUAUUUGCCGAACCUCCUUGAUAGCAGAAACAGAUAGAUAGAAGAGCGAGUAUCACGCUUUGCCGUUAUCACGUUCGUAUGUGAGAAACGACACGAUAUCGUGAUGCCUUAUGUACAAAUUCGCGUAGUCUUGAAGAGAUAAGAUGUCUUAUAGCGGUCGAUGUGCGCGUGCACGUGUAUGUAUGUGUGGGCGAAUGUUGCGUCCGUGUGUUAUAUGCGAGUGUGUAUUUAUAUGCGUAUUCUACACGCGCGGUAGUCUAUAUGUAUGCGCUUGUGUAUACGUGUAAAAAAAAAAAUACAAGAAAAAGCAGAAGAUACGCAUCUGAUAGCCAUGUAGCUAGUGUAAUAUUAUCUGUAUAUUACGCGAAGCGAUGGGCCGGGAAUAAUUCGUUCUCACGCGUGCUCCGAUCGAUUCGAUCCGAUCCAUCGCUCGUUGUUCACCGUGCUUCGCACAAAAGGCGUGUGUGCAUGUAUGUACACCCUUUCGCGUCUAAAACCAUGCGCUCUGCGGCAAAAAUGCAAGAGACGAAAUUUGUAGCGAUAGUCAGGGAUGGAUUCACGUGGGAGACAAUGAAUUCUUUUAAGCUUUUGAUCUUGUAAAUUGCUGCCCGGAAAAAAAUGUUGUGCGUUGUGUAUAC